CAAGCAAGCGACAACGUCGCCAUAGCAGCCCGAAUGGAUAUAAACACAUACAAAAGACUUUGGACACCAGAGCACUUCAAGUUAUCAAGGACCUAAUUCUAAGGCUCGAUAGCUUUUUAAUGUGUCAGCAUCACGUAGGACUGUUAUCUUUCCUUCAGGAUUCUAAGCAAGAAGUCAUCAAUCUUAAGAAGUGAACCUCCUCUGAAACAUCAUUUACGCAAUUGAAGCAGGGAUAAUUCGCAAAACAUCUUGAACAUGGCUUCUUCCACAACGAUCGCUGUUCUUUGCUUCGGGAUCUGCAUCAGUGUCCUGCUGUCACAAAGUAAUCUGUGUAAAGCUCAAACUACUACGGGUCUGGACACGGCCACAUACACAUAUACAGAUUUAGUAACAGAUGGAGAUAUCCUAACCACUAGUGAACCCGGCAUGACAACCACAUUGGAUGCCAUAUCAACAGUAGCACCUGGCAGAAGUACACAAACAACGUCUGAUCCAGGUGUGACAACAGGAACACCAGAAACCCCUGAUCCAAGCGCACCAACCGUAGUACUAGAAACUCUUGUUCCAAGUGCAUCAACAACGGAAACAGAAACUCUCGAUCCUACUGCACCAACAACGGUAUCACAAACUCCUGGUCCAAGUGCAUCCACAGCAGCAUCAUCAGAAACCCCUGAUCCAAGCGCAUCCACAGCAGCAUUAGAAACCCUUGAUCCAAGCGCACCAACAGCAGCAUCAGAAACCCCUGAUCCAAGUGCACCAACAGCAGCAUCAGAAACCCCUGCUCCAAGUGCACCAACAGCAGCAUCAGGAACCCCUGAACUAAGCGGAUCAACAGUAGUACUAGAAACUCUUGAUCCAAGUGCACCAACAACGGCACUAGAAACCCUUGAUCCAAGUGCGCCAACAGCAGCACAAGGAACCCCUGAUCCAAGUGCACCAACAGCUGCAUCAGAAACCCCUGAUCCAAGCGCUUCAUCAACCACAGAAAGAGAAGAAGAAGGAACGACACCCCCAGUCACAACAAGUCCCCCAGAGGAAGGUCUUUCGGCUGGUGCUAUCGCAGGAAUUGUCAUUGGUUCGGUAGUGGGAGUGUCUCUUAUUGCAGGUGGUAUUGGUUUCGCCGUGUUUCACUUCAAGAAAGCCUCACAGGUUACUCCGAUGAGCAACGAUAUCGAGAUAGCGAAUAUAUCUACGGACAAUAUUGAUGAUGUAAACGACAAGACAAAGCUAACUCCCCCUGAUAAUGGUCAAUCCCAGGCGUAAUUUCAAGAAUGACAUGACUGUGAGAUACUGCCUAUAUGUAAUUCAAUUUCAAUUCGUAACUUGAUUUGUUAUUGUUCUCAUAGAAAUAUUAUGCAAAAAAGAAAAUUGAAAGUAUUGGCAUUCAAGAAUCUGUCACCUUAAGUUCGGCAACAAGGUGGACUUCUUGUGAUUUUUUUGUCUCAGCGCAGUACAUUUCACUGGCAAAAGCAUAGUUAGAGACUAUAUAUAAAUGAAUGCACCGACCAUGACUACAAUUGAUAUUAUCAUAAAAAAGUAUAAUACAAAUUGUUUGUUUAAAUAGCUUCUUUCGAUCGCAGAAUCGAGAAAAGAAAAUCGCUAGCUUGAUAUGGGAGCAAGAGGCAUCAUUCCUUCCUGGCAAAAUAGUGCUUAUAGUAGUACGUUUGUGUGAUGUAAAUCAAUUAUUCAUCUAUUGCCAAUAAAAUCUAUAUGCAAUGUGAUUGUUCAUAAACUAAAACUAAAACAAAUCUAGAUUUAUCAUCAUCAUUCUGUACAUUAAGACAAAUACAUUUCUAUGAUAAAGCUGCAAUGAUAAUAAUAAAUGCUUUUCAUAUUAACAUUUGUUUCCCU